AUGUACUCCCACUAUGAGGCACAGGCCGUCAGCUGGAGUCUUGUGUGCGACAGCUGCUGUGAGCCACACACUCAGAGGCCCGGACCGCACUUGGCCAAGGAAGCCAACAGAAAAUCCCUGUAUAUGACAGAAGGCCGUCAGUGCAAGAUUGAUCUCCUCGAUGACAGGAAGCUUGAUCUUCUGGUCCAGCCCAAAUUGUUAUCGCGUGAGUUGUUAGAUUUGGUUGCAUCCCAUUUCAACUUAAAAGAAAAAGAGUACUUUGGGCUAUGCUUCAUAGAUGACACGGGCCAAAGGAACUGGCUCCAGCUGGAUCGUAAAGUCCUAGACCAUGCUUUCGCCAAAACCUCUGGUAAUCUGGAACUAAAGUUCCUUGUAAGAUUUUUCAUUGAACGGAUAACCUACCUGAAAGAUAACAUCACAGUGGAACUAUUCUUCUUAAAUGCUAAAUCUUUAGUCUAUAACGAGACCAUCGAAGUGGAGAGUGGACAUGUCUUCAAAUUAGCGGCACUUGCUCUGCAGGAAGCAAAGGGAGACUAUGAAAGCUGCGAAACCUCCAGGUCUAACCUAAAACAGCUGCCGGUCCUACCCACACGAGUCCUGAGGGAGCAUCCAUCUCUCACAUAUUGUGAGGACCGGGUCAUUGAACACUACAAGAAGUUCAAGGGACUAUCCCGAGGACAAGCGAUUGUCAAGUAUCUGGCCCUGGUGGAGUCUUUGCCCACAUAUGGAGUCCAUUACUACCCAGUAAAGGAUAAGCAGGGGAUCCCAUGGUGGCUUGGAGUCAGCUACAAAGGCGUCGGCCAAUACGACUUACAGGACAAGCUUAAGCCAAGAAAGCCGGGAUUUGAUAAGAAAGGGACAGAAAAAGGAGCUUAUACGUUGUACCAGUGGAAGCAGCUGGAGAAUCUGUACUUUCGUGAGAAGAAGUUUGCAGUGGAGGUGAACGACCCGCACAGAAGAACAGUGACCAAACGGACAUUUGGACAAGCUGGCCUGGUGAUUUACUCAUGGUACGCCAGCCAUUCUCUGAUUAAGACCAUCUGGGCGAUGGCCAUUAGUCAGCACCAGUUUUACUUGGACAGAAGACAAAGCAAAGCUACGAUGACUACAGCCAGAAGCACCGGUGACAUUGCUGUGGACCUCACAGAAAUCCACGCUCCACGCAUCGCUAAGCUCUCCAAAAUGGAAAGCAAAGACCAGCUCAUUAUGGCCAGCAACGGCAGCCUCAUUUCAGCCGGUUCAGGCGAGUCCGAGGUGAGCGAGGAGCAGAAGAAAGAGAAACUGUCCGAGCUGAAAAAGAAGGAGAAAAAACUUCACGAUGCUCUGGCGCUGAAGCUGGAAGAGCUGAAGAAAAUCUGUCUGCGAGAGUCUGAGCUUACAGGAAAAUUGCCUAAAGAUUAUCCUUUAGCGGCUGGGGAAAAAGCUCCUCAAGUCCGCCGGCGUGUUGGGACAGCAUUUAAGUUAGACGACCUGUUCCCGUAUGAUGAGGAUCCACACCUGAGAAAUCUGGAGAGCAGAUUUGCUCUGCAGCAGAAGAUCGUAGAAGCUGCCCUGAAAUUAUCCAACGAGGCCGACCUGUGCAAGACGGUCAAGAAGAAAAGAAAGUGCAACUUUUUAGACGCCAUGAGGAAGUUGGAGGAGAUCGAGAAGGAGAUUAAUGCAUACAGGGUUAUGAAGGGGAGGAUACCCACGCAACGAGCAUCUCUCAUAUUAGCAGAUGAUGUGAACAUUUCAGAACUCAGCUCCUUAUCAGACAGCCUCACUCUGGAUGACGAUGAGGAGCUCGGUUCCCAGAGGCAGAGGUCCAGGUCUGUGCAGUACUCGCCCCGACCGCAUCACGUCGACGCGCUGGACAUCCACUACAGCAGAGACCAACCAUGUUCAGCCAACGACCAGCAGGCCGACAGCAGAUUAAAUUGUGGCCAGGAUCCGUACUAUUACACUAACUGCGAUCCCUUGUCAAGCCUUGCCAGCCCGUACAAACAGCCCUGCAGGCAGCCACGUGACGCACGGAGCAUGCCACCCACCCCCGUCCUCACCCGCAACGCCUACAGCAGCACCCAGCUCAGGUCAGAGGAACCAUCUCAGCACUUUCGUCAGCGCAGCGGCAGUCUGGAGUCGCAGUCUCAGUAUCCAGAACCAGAGCCUCCGAUGCCCACAUAUGUCUUCAAUCCAGCACGUCGCAGCAACAGCACUGAGGUCCUGGACGACGGCUCCUCCUACACCAGCCAGUCCAGCGUGGAGUACAGCGUCCCGGGCCACCACAACCCACGCCGCAGGAUUCGUGGGCGCCACAAAAAGGAUCUAUACGCAAACAGCGGGAGCAUGCCCAAUCUGGCACAGCCGGACACGCGCUCCUCCUACGCUUACCAACCCCGGGCGCGCCCAUCCACCACCGCAUACUAUGUCACCGGAUACCCUUCCUACGCCGAUCCCGAGCCGUACUGCAAUGGCACCUACAUGUACGACAACGAGAUGGAAGGACAUUACAGCGUGAACGCGUACCACCCGCACUCCUCGGCCUAUCACAACAGCGACAUGCACGGGUACUACACCAGCGACGAGGUGGACAGUAUGCACAACCUUUACGCCACGCUGAGGCCGCCCAGAAACCGCCCAGCCCCCCGACCCAACGAGGACCAUGUGAAGAACGUGAAGAAGGCAGUUGUGGCGGGGCAUCUGAGAGACUGGUACCAGCGCAACGCCACACAAAAACAGCCCACAUACAGCUACGACUAUGACAGAGGCUCCCAUCCCAGCAUGGGCUACCAGACCAUGCCCGCGCCGUACUGCCACAGCAACCGAAACAUCGCCUACUCCACAGUGUCUUCUUCGGAGAACUGGCACGGGAGCGUGUCUGGGAGUAUGCUGGAGUAUGACUUGCCCGUGCAUGCGCAUCAGUCCUACUCGUACAACUCUGUCCCCUACAGCCACGCAGCCCACAGCAGGUCCUACAUCGACGUCAGCCAUUGCGAGACCCGCACGGCGACGGCCCACCCAAUGCACCCAGGCAUGAGCCCGGCCGAGCAGAUUUACUGGCACGAAGAGUCCAAACCAGGAACUAUUGUCUAG